GAAGAAUGUUUAAAAAAGGCAACCUUAAUGUUAUAAACCUUGUGUUUAUAAAUAUUGUCUAAAAAGAUGAACCUCUACACUAAUUUUAAUUGGUUUUGCAUAUAUUUUACCAUCAGCGCAGUUGGCGUGUCAAACCAAGAGGAUUAUUGUGCAGAGCUUUCUACACAAUCACUAAGCCGGAUUUUGGGUCAAGCUUUUAAUCCUCGCUAUAUGAGUAUAGAGCCGCCAGGAGGAUCGCAUGAUGAAAACCACAAUUUGGGAUAUAAAAGAUCGUCAUAUGAUAUACCAUUUUAUGCCGACAGAGAUGUCGUUUCAUUGGGAAACUUUCCGGCUUGGGAGACGGACCACUUUGCAUAUUUUGGAAAAAGAGAGGAAACCAUAAAAGGCAGGAAGAUCCGCAUUAGAAGUGCUGCUGUCGAAAGAGGCGGAAGUCCAAAGACUGACGUUUUUAAACACCGCCCGUGGGAGUGCUCAUCCCAGAUUAAUUGGAUUGAUUUGGGACUGAAUUAUUUUCCACGUUAUAUACGUUCGAUUGAGUGUAUUUCUAGAAAAUGUUGGUAUGGACACUUUAAUUGCAAACCAAAAUCAUUUACCGUUAAAGUUCUGCGCCGAAAAAGUGGCUCAUGCAUUCAAAUAAACGAUAAAUUAGUUUUAAUUACUGCGGAAACAUUCAAAAAUGAUUACACGCAGCUCUGGAUUUGGGAGGAAAUAGCAGUUAAUUUUUGCUGUGAAUGUGUUAUGCUAUACUUAUAGCUCUGUUUAAUAGAAUUCACAAUAUUUAAAUAUACAAUUUUUAACAAAA